AUGGCGGCUUCGAAUAUCGAAAAAAUAAAAGCCGCCGCCUUAGGCGCUAUCCUUAUUGUGGCCAUUGCAUUGCUGGCUUUGAGCAUCGUGACACUUGUUAAUGUUAAUAGUCACAACGACAAAGACCACAGUGACAAGGACGAUGGAAAUAACAAUGCGUCAACGCCACCACCAAACAAUGAUAAAUCGACAAGUAAGUUAACAAAUGCAGGUUCGAAACGUGGAGGGUAAAUACAGUGGAGGGACUUUAUCCAGUGGCAAAGAACGUUCCAUUUUGCAUCCGGGGAGUAUCAAAAAUGUGGCAAAAUGCUUCCCUCUCGAAGAGAAAAAAACAUCGCUUUGAAGGGCGCGUCCUCACAAAAAGAGCGAAAAAACUUUGAAAUAGUUUUUUUCACUUGGAGAGGGAGGUAUUUUGCCACAUUUUUUGAUGCUUCCUGGAUGCAGAAUGGUACGUUUUGUGCCACUGGAUCACUGUAGAAACAGCCAAAGAAACCCAAUCCCUGCUUCGUGUUCCUAUUCCACUUUUAAUUUCAGCCACAAAGCCAGAUGAUACAAAUGAUGACAUGCAUAUUCCAUCCCCAAAUAUUGUUGACUCUGUCUCGCAGCCCGACCUAUACGAAGCGUACAAUGAUUUCGCAACGGAUUUGAAGACUCUUGUCAACUUCACUUACGAUCCGUGCAACAACUUCUUCGAAUACGUCUGUGCCAAUUCUGGCGCCGAUAUGAGUUUUGACAUUGCUCAGAGAAGCAGCAACAAAAACUUUUUGAAAGGGCUAAAAAGGGGAAAUGUAAGAAAAUCUUUGCUUUUUACGUGAAGUAAUUUGAAUCUUUGAAUGAUUGAGCAUCCAUUUCAGAGCAAUAAAUACGCCGUCAAAGCCAGAGAAGCCUUUGAUUUCUGCGUUAAAGCGCAGAACGACAAAAAGUUGAUCCAUCAGGACGGCGCUGUGAUCACAGAGCUUCUAAAAUUCGCCGAAAAUGAGUUGGAAAUCCAAUUCCCAGGAUGGGAGGGCACCACCUUCGAAAAGCCCAAUCCUCAAGUUCUGGCCAGAAUUAUUGGUGGUAUUACUGGAAAAUUUGGCCUCAAAACCUUUGUCGACAUUGACGUAGACACCAAUUGGCCGGAACCCACUCCUCGACCAAGACACCAUCAACCGGCAUAUCGGCUGUUCUUCGACCAAAUCAACACUUACUAUCCGGAGACCUUCUACAGCAAGAUUUGGGAUCAAGUCAAACCGAAAUAUGUGGAGAAAAUCAAAAAUCUGGUGAACCAAGCCGCUGCGUUGUACGGCAAAACGGUGAAGAACGAGACUUUGGAUAAGGAUAUUGAUGAAGUUGUGGAGUUUGAGAAACAUUUGGCGUUGGAAAUCAACACGGACAAAAACACAAGGAGAAAUUUCAGCAGGUAAAAAAGAUUAUAUUUUUUUUCUAAAAUUUGGCAAUGUUUGAGGAAACAUGCUCAGAUUUUAAAAAAGCUUGGAGAAAAUGAAACCUAUAGCCUCCUAAAUUGAACGCAAAUGGUCCAUACUUUGCUUCAAAGUUGCUAUUAUAGUAAAUAUCAAUAAUAGAUAAGCUAUGCGGUAAAAGAUGACCUAAGGUUUUUGGCAAAAGAUGCACGCAGUAGAUGAGCACAAACUGUGACAAAACCUGGUCGUAGAACUGCCAUCCUGGCCGAUCUUCGACAUUUGACUUCGAAGUUUCAGAUCUUACAACCUCAACGUCCUUGGAGAAAGCAAGUCGUAUUAUAUUGACCUGGCUGAGUUCACCAAAGCCGCCACUGAAGAAGCAACUCCAACUGAGGUUCAGAAGAUCCUGAGGAAUCCAAAUUACGUUGCGAUUAAUAUGGAGCCAGAGGUGUUCGAAAAAAUGACAACUUACUACAAAGACACCGUCAACCCUCGUGCUUUGUUCAAUUACGUUUAUUAUCGCCUCUUCCUAGAGCAUGAAAAAUACUUCCCAGAGUUGCCUAAGACCACUUUCGUUGAGGAAUUGUUGGCCAAAACUUCGGGAUUUCAUUUGGGAACUGAACGCGAUGUAAGUCGACGGUCGCCAAUUCCUUAUCAGAGAGCUUUUGAUAAAGACGAUGAUGGCAAAAUUGAGGAGGUAUGUGUGAAACAGGUGUUGAAAUGGAUGCCUGAAGCGACUAGUCGGAUAUUUAUUGAUGCUGUUUACACAGACCAGAAAGGAAAGGAGAACAUGAAGAAAGAAGUGACGCAAUUGGUGUCCAACGUGCUUGCAGGAUUCCAGGUGAGAUAUUCUUUUAAUGAACGGAGAACUUUGGGCUAGAUGUUCGACUAAAGAUACCCUUCGAUCUUUUUUCAGGCUCAACUCGAUCAACUCAACUGGAUGUCCACGGAAACCAAGCAAUCGGCGUACAAUAAAAUCAAGUAUUUGACAAGAAACAUUGCCUACCCAGAAUGGAUCGACGACGAUCCGAAACUCAAUGAAUAUUACGAGUCAUUGAGGUUUGAAAUCAACGGUAAGGACUUCAUUCUUUAAGAGAGACAUCAGUUUAAAUUGAAAAAUAAACAGAAACAUAUUUAGACGGCACCAAAUACCACGAUCUCGACGUAGCAUUUCGUAAAUUCCUUCAGACCAAACAAUGGAGUGAUCUUCUCCGUAAAACGGCCGAUCGCCAACACUUUGGCCGUUCCGCUGUAAUUGUGAAUGCUUGGUAUCAGCCGGAGCUGAACUCAAUUACCAUGCCGUUUGGAAUUCUUCAGCGGCCAUUCUACGACCCCAAAUACCCCGCUUCUCUAAAUUAUGGAGGUAUUGGAGUGGUCGCUGGUCACGAACUUACCCACGGAUUUGAUGAUCAUGGGGUUCAAUGGGAUGGCACUGGAAGACUCUCAACUUGGAUGGAUCCUGAAUCAAGGAGCAAAUUCGACAAAAUGGCUCAGUGUGUCAUCGAUGAAUACGAUGGUUUUAGGCCGUUGGAGAACUUGCAUGUCGAUGGAAAAGCCACACAAGGAGAAAACAUCGCUGACAAUGGAGGUAAGAAGCCUGUUGAUAAGAAGGAUUUGUCGCCACAAAGCUGUAAAAUGCACCAUUAAGCCUUUUACUUAGUCCGCUGGACUUUACAGGUAUUCGCGCGGCUUACAACGCCUUCCAGGCCCACUUGGAGAUGAACGGCCAAGACCCGCGACUGCCCGGCGACUUUCACGCGUUCAGCCAUGAACAACUCUUUUUCAUUGCGUUUGCCAGAACUUGGUGUGAAGCCACUCCAAAGGACGAUGCCCUUCAACGUCAACUUUUGGUUGAUCCCCAUUCUCCAAGCAAAUAUCGAGUCUUUGGGACUGUUCAGAACUUUCCAGCCUUCCGCUCUGCCUUCAACUGCCCCGUCGGUGCCCGAUAUGCGCCAAAAGAUCAUUGUAAAGUCUGGGCGUCCGCCGUUAAGCCGGGUAGGAACCUCAAACUUCUUCUAGCCGAAAUUCCUAUUUACCAUUGUCAAAUCAAUUGUGUUUCAGUCCGAGGUGUCCCAGUACCCCCGAAAAUCGAGCCUGAGCUGAAGAUCGACCCACCGGCUCCAAACAACACCGAACAGUUCAAAUUCAUUGCCAAAGGCCUUGCAGAGAACUUGAAUUUGGACAAUGCGGCUUGCGAUGAUUUCCAUAAUUACGCUUGUGGUGGUCAAAGCGCGUUCAAUCCGUUGGAAACAUCCAGAAAAUCCGUCGAGGAUUCCGUUUUGGCCGUUCUCUACGACCCACGCGUUGAAGUAAGUUUUAAAGAGACUUGGGGAAACGGCGAUUUUUGCCUGACAUUAGGCUGAUUUUUUCCUGCAUGGAGUAAACAAUGCUUCUUCUUAGGCUCCACUCCGCUUUUCUCGCCGUUUCUUCAUCAGUUGCAAGGACACCAAGCCCGAGAACGGGACUCUGUUCAAGACGGUCUUUGAUGAAUUCCAAACCAUCAUUGGAACUGAAUUCCCUCCGUUAAACAACAGUUCGAAAGGGGUUCAUUUGUCGCCAGAAACCUUGGCCAAAGCUUUGUUCUACUUGUCCACAAGCCACGACAUAAACGUUCUUUACAAUAUCGACGUUGCUCCAAACACAGGACGCUUCGGAGGCAGUUACAAGCUCCGGCUGAGCGCUCCAGACACAGUCUUUAAAAACGUGGUCUACAAAGGCAAACAUUCUGCAGCUGAAUACUCGAAGAAGCUGGCUGAAAAUUUGUUUAGUAGCAAAUUGCUUGUUGUUUACCCAGAACUCGUCAACACAAAGGAUACAGUGAUUUCGGAAAUCGAAAAAGCUCUUAAUAUCGAGACUUAUGUCUCCAGAAGUUUCAAGCAAAAUAAUGGAAGACGAAGUGAAACCCAGAAGGAGCGCACGUUGACAACCCUGUUUCAGCAACCCUAUGGUCGACAGUUUGGAUUCCAAGAGUACAUCAAGAACAUAAGGUCGACCCUCGUCGACGACAGCAAUAAAUUCAAUGACAACAUCAGGAUUAUUGUUGAGAAUGAAGGGGCCUGGGCUCAGGAUCAGGAACUCCUAGCCGAGAUUUUUGCGGACGACGGCAAAAGGAGAGAAUUAGUUACGCAUCUUUAUGUCCGACUUCUCUUGAAAUAUCAGCAUACCAUCCCUGGAAGCAACUUGGACUUGCCACCUGGAAUUGCUGACGCUUUGAGCUCCACGCCCUACCCUCCUAUCCAAGAGGAUGCUGAUCGCAUAUGUGCGGAUAUUUUUCAUCAAACCCUGCCCGAUAUUUACGCUUUCGCUGCAUUCAAAAAGAUUUACGAGAAACCUGCGAGGUUAGAGAAGGCGCAGAAGAAAGUCGGCCAGAUAGUUGAAAGUGUGGCCUUGUCCUUUGAGGGCCUCUUCAGCGGGCUGUCCUGGAUGCCGGUAACCACCCGCAAAAACCUCGUGCGAAAGGUCAAAGGCGUUGCCAGAAACAUCGGAGUCGGAAAGUCGGCGUCGAGCGAACGUGAACUGCAAGCUCUGUACGCCAAAUUUACCACCGAACCAAAAAAUAUCAUCGAAUGGUCCAAGGAGUUGGCCAAGUACAGAAGGAAGAAGAGGUUCGGCCGUUUGCAAUUCCGCAGUCGUGAUCGUACGCUCUUCAACAGCAUCUAUAAUCGUGAGGUUGUCAGUGAGAUCUCGGCUGACCGAGAGCUUAACGCCAUCAACAUCCCGUUGGAAUAUAUGCAAGCUCCGUAUUUUGAUGACAACAACCCGGCUGUCUGGACAUUUGGUACCCUUGGCUUGGCCGUUGCGCGAGCCUUUGGCCAUUUGUUCGACCAAAAAGGCCUAGAAUUCAAUGAAGACGGGGAAUUGUUCAAACUGACCGACUCAGCCUCAGAGAACAGAAUCCAGAAGGACUUUGAAGACCUACUCACAGCCUUUAGCAACGAAAAAGUUGUCGUAAAGGCCUUGGAGAACAGCCUGAUCGCUGAUAAUACCGCCAUUUUGCUGGCUAAAAGGAGCUUGGAAAAAUGGAUCGACAACCACGGAAGCAGUGGAGCUCUGCCUGAUGAGUACCUGACUCAAUUUACAAACCCUCAACUCUUCUACUACAUCGCCUCACAAGGAUUCUGUAAGAAGCGAGAGGAAAACGAGUACCAAUUCAACAAUGCGUGGUAUUUGAGGAAGAUUCUUGGGAACAGCAAAGAAUUCGGAGGAUCUUUCAGCUGCUCGCAGACGCCUGAGAAGACCUUUAGCGUAAGUUUAGCAUGUCUACGGAAGCUUCGCAGCUAUGCUCCGCAUUCUUCACUAAAACGUCCAAUUUCAGCUCUGGGAAUCCCCGGAAGAGGGCAUCGUUGGUGUUCCUAAACUUCCCAAACAAGCACCAAACCUCAAUAUUCCCGAACGAGAGCAACGGAGAAACCCUAUAUACGAAGAAUGCGCUCGACAAAUCGCCGACUCCAUUGACCUCACUCAAAACCCAUGCGAGAACUUCUACGAAUACGCCUGUGGCAGCUUCACUGAGACGGACAUCUUCAGCCGAGCUGUCGACGACAUACGAAGAAAAAUUGAGGGUGUUGUUUUGCGUCCUAUCCAAAACGACGACGGAAAAGCUGUCCAACUGCAAAAGCUAUAUGUGCAAAAGUGUAUUGAGAGUUAUAACAGCACCGAAAGACAGCAGGAUACCACUAUUGUCUACGGUUUGGUGAGCGACUUUAGAUUCUACAGCAAGCUUCCGUUUCCAUUGGCUGACGAAGAGACCGAGUUUGAAUGGCCAUCUGCCCCACAACUCGGCAAAGCGAUCGGAUAUCUCAACGGAAGGCAUGGAAACGAAGUGCUGCUGAAAUUGGCGGAAGCUCCGAACUUUUUGCACACGGAUAAGGGAUGGACGUUUACAGUGGGUCCCGGACGCCCCAUUUUGGAGAACUAUAUCAAAAAGAACGAGAGAGAGGAUGGUGUGAAUCUAGUCAUAGAACGGCUUACUAGCUACCUUGAAUUCCCUCCCAACUCAACAACCGACCCCGAGGCCAUUAGAGAUGCGGCUAAUGCAAUCUAUGACUUGGAAAAGAACAUAUACGACGCGCUAAAAACGUUGCCUCCUCCGAACGGCGAUCAGACAGAUUUGAGGAAGGGUGUGGAAGAAGUCAAGCUAAGAGACCUCAAAUCAGAUCUCAUCGACUUUAAGAGUGUCAUAGAAGGUGUUCUGGUUGACCAUCAGGCUCUAGUCUCGAGGUAUACGGACAAACGACUUGGCUUGUUAAAGGAAACCAAUCAGGGUCUGGAGACGUUGCUGACAACACUUGCUGGUUUAAAGGCUAGAAUUCCUGCCAAAGACAUUCUCAACUACAUCUACUUUGCCGCUAUCAACACGGACGGCGGAGCUUAUAUACCUAAAUCAAACGCUGCGCCGUUGCAGAUGAUGUCGGCUUCAAUAAACCCCACGGCGGCUUUCUUUACUUCAUACAGUCGCCCAGAAAUUCCUCUCGAUCCCAAAAAGGUUGAAGCUGCCAAUGGAAUCUACGAUGGACUGUGUGUAACUCUUUCUCGCAUUGAGUUCCCUGAAGUCAACAACUAUUGGAUAAAAACGAUGCUUGGUGUAGAUUUUAAAGAUUAUUAUAAAACAGUUCAAGAAGACGGAGCCACCCUGAUCGACUCAGUUCUGCUUGGAUAUGAGAGUUUGUUGGCGCAGGCCGACUGGGUAACAUCAGAAAGUCUUAAGGUACGUUUUUUUGCAACAGUAUCAACAUGAUGAAAGCGAACGACUUUACCGUCGAAACACACAUACUUUUACAGGGAGCAAAGUCGAAAUUCUCCCAAGUUGCCAAGGUUGUCGGAGUCCCCAAAGUUUCCGAGAGCCAGGAAGAGCUUGACAAACGUUAUGCUCGCCUUAACCUCUACGCCUUCCAAUCGUAUGAUUCUAUAAAGUUUGCUGUCAAUCAGUUCCGACGCAGCCUGCGUUUGGAUGCGCUCAGCGAUACCUACGUCCAUCGUGAAGCUCUAAGCAACUUCUUCACGAGUGCCAUCCCUGCCUACCAAGUUACUUCAAACUCUCUCGACUUGCCGUUGGGUGCUUUGAGACCGCCUGUACAUGACCACUUCUGGCCUGACCCCGUGAACUACGGCGCCUUAGGAAGUCUUGUUGGCCAGGGAGUUUCGACAGCUUUAGGUAAGUGAAACCCGUGAGCAAAAAUUAAAUUUUUGCUGUUUCCAGGCACCAUGGGACGACAACUCGAUGGUGUCGGUAGCCUUAAGUCUUGGAUGGAUCAAAAAACCAUCGAAGGAUACAAUAAGUUGAGGGCUUGCAUUCAAAACCAGUACGGCGACUUUUGCGAAAUGCGAAACGGGAAUUCAGAAUGUAUGGACACAUCAAAUCAUUCCACGGAGACGUACAUUGGCGACGCAGGUGGUCUCCAAGCUGCGUAUCGUGCUUACCGAAACGCCGUCGGAGUGAAAGGCCCGAAGCUGGGAUUACCCGGAGAUAUCAUAGGCCAAUUUACAAGCGAUCAACUCUUCUUCCUGUCGUUUGCGAAGACAUUCUGUUCCGCGGAUCGCCCGCUGGACAAGAAAUACAGAGUUGUCGGGGCGUUGCAGAACUUCCCAGCAUUCAAGGACGCCUUCAACUGCAAGACCGGAGCGAAGUAUGCACCAACCGAACACUGCUAUGUAUGGACUUCGGAAGUCAAGCCUUGUAAGUGUCUCUGAAAAAGAUCGAAAAUUAUUUGGUGCAAAUGCUGGUGGAAAAUUUAAUUUUUGUCAAGAAAGCUUUCAAACAAUUUUGUACAUUAUUCACGCUAUGAGAAGUCUCCUCUAGUGAGAAACAAUUUUUCCAGCUCUGGCAGUUCCAACUACCACAACCACCGUACCUCCCCUCAAUAUCCCAGCCGCUCAAGAAGCGCCAAACGAUGAUUCCAACUACGCUGAAGUUAGCCAGCUUCUUCUCCAAUCGCUGGAUGUCGAAUCCAGCCCUUGCAACGACUUCUACGGCUACGUAUGUAAAAAUAUUGUUGGCAAUGAUGAGACUGAAGAGCAGUUGGCCACCCGAGCUGCUGCUGAGACCGUUCGGAGGACUCUGCGGGACGGCAAGAUUGAGAUUCCGCGAAAGGAAAUUAUCACACAAUAUUAUGAGUCCUGCCUGGCCUUGAGAAAUGGAGAAAGGGCCAAUGUGAAGGCUUCACUUGAUGGGCUCUUUGCCAAGUUCAAGGAGGAAACAGGCGCUGACUUCCCAAUUUUCUCAGACGACCCGCAGUUGGAUGAGAAAUUUGUGGAGAAGUCAAUUGCGGUCUUAUCCACACAACACCACCUCCCAUCUUUGAUUCAUUUCAAAAUUGAGCCUAAUCUCGAAACCACCGAAUUCGCCUAUCCUUCGCAUCUGCUCCAGCUUGAUGACGAUGUUUUGAUCUUCCCCCGGGAGUGGUAUGCAGCUGAAUCCGCAUCCCUUCUUAAGCGUCACAUUACUGGACAGAUAGUGGACGUUCUCAGAAAAUACGUUGAGGUCGGUGAGAAAGAUCCAAUCGAAUAUGAAGCCGAAGCCGAAAGAAUUUACCAUUUGGAAUACGUUCUGGCCUCGUUCAUUCAAAAAGAUACCAGCCGCUUUAACUUGAAGCAACGACAGCACAUUGUGAAUGUAACUACUUUGUCCCAAACCUAUGCUAAUAUUGAUUGGAUCGUCUUGCUCGACAAGUUGUUGGAGAGCGCUCCAUCGGCCGUGAGAUCAAAAUUCUUGCAAGUGGAAAAGAAGGAAGGAGAGGCGGACAGAACAGUGCUGAAUAAGGAGUACAAAUUGAGUGUGAGCAACCCGAAUGGGCUGAGGAGGAUUCUGAAUGUCUGGAAUGAGGAGGGCGUUGACGUAAGCAAGGACGAAUUGGCCAACUACUUCUACUUCCGAAUUCUCUGGAACAACCGGUAAGUCGAAUAAGCGGAUUUAUCAUCCCAUAAAACACAGGGUGCGGCAAAAAAAUGGAAACUUUUUUCAUUGGUUCCCGACGCCAAAAUUUUUAAGUGCAGCAAAAUUAUUUUCAUACCAUUAAAUUCUACGUAGUUUUCUCUCCUAGACCUUAUAAUUUCAUGUCCAUAUCGGUUUAUUAACAUUCUUUUUUUGAAUGUCAAAGAAAGGGACCUCUUAAUAAUGUUGCCCACAUUAUUGAGGCACGAUAUUUUCAGCGACGUCCUCAACGGCCGAGGGAGUGCCGAACUUUCCUCCAGCCUCAAGGGAUCCGAGUUGGUCUCAUUGACAUGCGCUCUGGACACUAGAACUGUUGGCCCACUUCACACCAAGGCCUACUUUGAAAGCUCAAAUGUUGUCUUUGAUGAUAUUCAUGAAAAAAUCUCUCAGGUUGCCAACAAUAUCAUCAAUUCAUUUGCUGUCCAUAUUCGGCAAGCUGGAUGGAUUUCGGAGGCAUCUAAGACUUCAGCUAUUGACAAGAUCAAGAACGUCAAAAUUCAGGCCAUCGGGGAUUUGGAGAGCCUUCAGGAUGAUGCUUUGAAGAGCUAUUAUUCCGAGUUCAAUGAGACUGCGCAAAGUCCGUUGUUUGUAUUGAAGAAGAUCGCAUUCAACCAAUUCAAGGCCGGGAAAACUUUUGAAAAAUUGUUGAAGGAUUCGGUCAGAAGCGAGUUUGCCGGCACUGGUACUGAAGUAAGUUUGCGAAGGGCCAAUAAGGCAUACUUUGUCAUACUUUGUAAUCAAACGGUCGCAAUGUUUUUUCAGGCUCGUCCAAUCUAUGAUCGCUUCACAAACACUCUCACAAUUCCUGCGGCAUCUGUAGUCUCUCCAUUCUUCGAACCGAAAUACCCAAAUUUCGUAAACUAUGGAAGCGUUGGAGUCCGAAUUGCUCAUGUUUUAGCUCAUUCGCUAGGUGAGAAUUCUUAUAUGUGACAUUUUUUCCGCAUAAAAUUGUAAAACACAUUGCGGAUAUCGGUUUAGAUGAACUCGGAAUCCAACUGGAUGCAAGUGGACAUUAUAGUGAUUGGUUUGCCGAAAAAACAACCGAGUUCCGCCGCAUCAAAGACUGCUUGGAGAAACAAUACGAAAAGUUCUGCCCGUUGGAACAUACGAAUUAUCCUGACAAAUGCCUUGGAAGUCAUCAAUUGAUUGACGAAAAUAUCGCCGACAAUGUUGGUAAGCCCUUUGCGACGUUUCCAAUGCCUUCAACCCCAGCUAAACCUGUAUAAUAACGCACUUCAGCGGUUCACGUUGCGUACACCGCCUACGAAUUGGCUAAAGAUAAUAAGGGGGCAGAUCCAAGGUUCAUACACCUGCUCCUUGGCCAGUUCAGCCCUGAUCAGACCUUCUUCCUGGGAUAUGCCAGACAGUACUGCGAAGGCAGAAAGGCCGACAGUUUGGUCCUCGGCGAUUUGAGUGUCGGGAAAAUCCCAGCUGAAUUCCGAGUUCGAGGAGCGUUGCAGAAUUAUAGGGCUUUCAAAUCGGCAUUCAAUUGUCCCGCUCGGAGUAAUUACACAUCCGAAAAGCCUUGCGAGGUCUUUACUGGAGCCGGCGGUAUGUUUUCUUAGGGCUGGAAAAUGUUGCUCCUACAGACCUUUGUCGUUUACCGUGCUGAGUUGGAAACAUUUCGUUCAAUGCUAUCAUGUUGAAGCCGUUAAAUUUUCUAACCAGUAUUUUCCAGCUGUCCAAGUAAAGUCCUCUUCGUUGAACAUCCGCGACAAAAAACAAAUCGAUCGCACUUACCCAGAGCCCCAAUGGGAAGCCUUUAAAACAGCCGCUGAGUUCUUCAAUUACUCAAUGGAUUUGACAGCCGACCCUUGCAACGACUUCUUCAAGUACGCUUGCGGCAACUACAAGAAGCCAAAGAGUUUCACUGUGCUCAGAGAGAAGAAUUUUCAUAAUCAAGCCAAGGCAAUCAAGAAUAUUAAUGUUGAGAACCAGGUAAGGAGUUCUAGAGCAAUUUGCUAAAGAUUUACUGGAUUUAUACCGUCAUGUUUAGUCUUCAACUGCCCUGAAAAAGCUCCGGCAAUAUUACGAUCAAUGCGUUGUGGCAUAUCAAGACUUCCCCGGAAAGAUUGAGAAUGGCACGCAGGCAUUGCGAGCCCUCCAAGCCCUCCGAACCGCUUUUGGCGGAGACUCGGUCAAGCCCACGAUGUUCUACAAGACUGCUGACAAAUCGCAAACGUCAAAGUUAGAGCAAGCCAUUGCGUAUCUGCAGGUCCACGAGGGAGUCCAAACCUUGGUUACCGAGACAAUCGAAGUUGAUGGAGAACAUGGAGCCGCUCGUCCAGGAACAAAACCGAAAAUGUUGUAUUUGGACGAACCCACGUUGGUGAUGAGUAAGGGAUAUUAUCAAGGGCAAACAUGGACUGCGGAGCGGGUGAAAUACGAAGAGAGACUUCUUAGAGUCCUCAAGAAUUUCUUGGUCGUAUACAAGAACACGGACUCGACUGCCGACGCGGAUGAGACAAGACUGAAGGAAUAUAUUACAAAAUUUGCUGAAUUAGAGGAGAAAUUGGCUAAAGCUCCAUAUGCAACUGAUGAGACUACGAGGAGAACUUAUACUUGCGAGAAGAGAAAGUUAAGCGACGCUGCAACCCAGUUCCCUUCAUUCAAGACGAGUGAUUAUGUCAAAGAACUGAUUAGGUUGAGCAAAACAUCGCCGUUACAAGUCAACGACGACUAUGAGAUAGCAUUCAAAUGGACAACCACCUUCAAAAAACUCUGGGAAGAUGUUGGCAGCAACAGUUUGGCCGAUCAAGACACUUUGAUUAACUAUCUUUAUAUGCGACUUCUCCUGGCCAAUGAUGCUUGGAUUCCAAGCGAACCCAAGAAGGCCACAGAGGACGUUGAACAGACCUGCGGGCAGAAGACUCAAUUCCAAAUGAUGUAUGCCAAUGGCAGAGCGUUUGCUGAUUAUAUGUUCCCAACCGCCGAAAAGAAGAAAUUUGCGUGGGAGCAGUUAAAGAAAAUGGUCGACGCAAUUCGCUAUCAAUUCCAGGGAAUGCUGGAUGAACUCAGGUGGAUCGACAGUUCGUCCAGGGAGUUUUUGAACGGGAAAGUUAGAGAGCUCCAAAUCAAUUUGUUGUAUCCGGAAUUCUCGUUGAAAAACGACGAGUUGGACAAAUAUUAUGCGAGCUUCGAGGUUGGCAGCGACUAUUUUGAAUCGACAAAACGACUCACUCUUGACUUGAAACAUCAUGAAUACAACUAUUUGACGGAGGAAGGAAAGAAUUACAGGGAUGACUUUAUUCAAUGGCCCGGAACUGUGAAUGCUUGGUAUGAGGUGAGUAGAACAAUCAUAAAGCCUUAGGAAAUCAUUUGAAUUUAUAAACUAUCAUUUUGAAAUCUUUAGCCAUUCUACAACUCGCUGACUUUGCCUGAGGGUAUUGUGCAACCGCCUUUCUACCAUGCCUACUUCCCGACUUCGGUCAAUUAUGGAGGUCUCGGUGUGGUUACCGGUCAUGAACUUUCUCAUGCCUUUGGUAAGUCGACAGACUAAUUUUUAACGCCUCGAAUCUAGAAAGUUAAUGGCUUUAUCUUGGAAAAAAUCAAUCUUUCUGCAAUUUAAAUAUUUGAAAAAAUGAUGACUAAACACAAUAUAAAAAAUCUUUCAGAUGACGAAGGAAUUCAAUGGGAUGGAAUUGGCAGACGCAAUCUUACCGGCCUUUCGGAAAAUGUCCGCCGCAAUUUCACGGAUAUGGCGCAGUGUAUUGUCGACCAAUACGGUUCUUUCCAACCCUUGGAUCCCGCGAAAUACACUCCAUCCAGAUUGAAUGGAGAGAAUACGCAGGGUGAGAACAUUGCCGAUAACGGCGGCAUUCAUGCCGCUUAUCGCGCCUACAAGAAUCAUAUCAACUUGAACGGCCAAGAACCCCAACUUCCUCAUCCGAUCCUCAGCCAACUCACACACGAUCAACUGUUCUUCCUCGGGUUCGCUCAGGUCUGGUGUCAGGCCGAUGCCAAGCCGGAGGAGCUUCAUAAACAAAUUCUGACCGAUCCACAUUCCCCAUCCAUCUACAGAGUCAUGGGAACGGUUCAGAACUACCCGGCGUUUAGGGAGGCGUUUAAUUGUCCAGCCAAUGCUCAAUACACCCCGAACAAACAUUGCAGUGUCUGGGUGCCGGAUGGAGAUCUGGUCUAG